AUGGGACAGGUAUUCAUUCUCAGAAUGUAUGAAAGGGAUCAGGAAUAUGAUGAAGAAUUUGAAUGGGUCUGUCAAACCUAAAGCUCAACCUAGCUUUAGUGGAUUCAUUGUACCUCUGGAGAUUCUGGCUUAUGAGUCUAUUCCACAUCUUGGACUGAAAUAUAGAGUACUUGUACGUGCAGCAAAUGACUGUCCAAGGAUGUGCAAGCACAAGUUUAAAGAAUCUGCCAUGAAAGGUAUCCCUUUGGAAGAAAUAUAUCAAGAGCUUGGGACUAGCAAGGAUAUUGAGAGCAUCUUGGUACCAGACCAAUAUGAGAAAUCUCUGUUGGCUGGAAUCAUUGAAGAUAAUGUUGAUGAUGGCCUAGGGCAGAUUGAUAUCAUUGUUGACAGUUGGAGAGAGCGUCUAGUAGAAAAGAAGAAAAAGAUAUGGUGGGAAGGAAUGUACCAGCUGGACCAGGCGUCCCGAGAGAUUGGUAAUAAGUUUCUUGAGAAUGAAGACCCUGAGCAAGAACCCCCUGAGCAAGAAGUCCCUGAGAAAGAGAGUUCUGAUAUUGCUAAAGUUGUUGCAUCUCUUGCCUCACUAACAGAGGUGGUGAACAAUGGCUUUCAUGCCAUUGAGGAGAAGUUUAGGGACAUGGAGAUUAGAGUGAAGACUCUUGAAGUGUCUGUGGCAGCUCAGGGAUAUCAUAGUCCGGUGUUUCCGCCAUAUGGGUCGCCUCUGGAAACAUAAUAUAGGAC